UAUUUUAUUAGGUUUAUUUCUGAUGAUGAGAAACAGACAAACGCAGACUCAACAUAUAUAUAUUUAUAUAUAUAACAAAUUAUAAAGUGCUCUUAAAUCUGAAUAAAGUUUUUCAUUGUUUAUAUAAUAUUGUUAUAACGUUAGUGUUUUUUAUUCGUAAGCCAACUGUAAAUGUUUCAACAAUGAUUUCGUUAAUAGCAUUCAUUUUGAAGCAGUUAAUUAUUUAAAGAGUGAUUCAAUUAAUUAUUCAUUUAUCAUAACAUUUUAGUGAUAACAAUUAUUCUGAUACUAAUACGCUGAUGUUGAAUAAUUACGCGAGUUAAAUAAAUAAAUACACUAUAUUUCGUGUUAAAUCAGUAAAGUUACUUUCAGUAACAGUCACUAAAGAGGAUCCGGCGUCUACCGGAAGUUGUGGGACGUCGUUACCAUAGCAACGGUUCAAAAACAAAGUCGGUUGAUGUGAUACUUCUCGCUGCGUCUGAUUAACGAUUAUUACAGCUGUGGCGUUAUGAUUUAUUAGAGAUGUGCUCGUGACGUUAUGAUUUAUUAGAGAUGUGCUCGUGACGUUAUGAUUUAUUAGAGAUGUGCUCGUGACGUUAUGAUUUAUUAGAGAUGUGCUCGUGACGUUAUGAUUUAUUAGAGAUGUGCUCGUGACGUUAUCGUGUGUGGUUUUGCGUCUCGCUUCGACCAGAUGUCUGUGGCGGGAUUUCUGCGGGAAGCGGAAGCUCUCAGGAGACUAGUGUGUAAAGAGGAGAGAGAGACGGAGAGGCGCGCGCUCAGAGACCCUUCCGGCGCGCUCCGGGAUCACGUGAACGCGCAGCGCGAGGCGGACAUCAUGAAAGUUCAGCAGCAGCUGCAGAAACUCAAGAACGGCGUCUUCAGGUUCCAGGAGCAGCUGAUGGAUGUCAGACCUUCUCCAGACGUGGUUGACAAAUUACGAGAGACCAUGAGUGACAUUGAGAACUCCAUCAGCGCUUUCAAAGACAGCCAGCACCAGAGCUUCGAGGAGCUCCUGAAGGACGAGAGGAGCGUGUGGCAGGAGAUCUGCGUGGUCCAGAAGAAGAUGGAGUCCUGGAGCGUGUCUGUGAGAGCCGAGGCCGGCGGCCGUCGCUCAGAGAAGCCCAGGUCCUGGACGAGUCUCCCGGCCGAGGUGAGCGCUCUCCAGACCUUCCUCCAGCGGACGGGCCGAGACGGCGGCUGGGACCCCUUCGACCACCGCAGCUUCCUGAAGGUGUGGACCAAGCACCGAGGAAAGCCCUCGUACAGACGAGAAGCACGGCUUUAUUUACCGGAGAAGACGGAGGAGGAGCUGAAGAAGCACGAGGACUGGUUUCUGGAGCUGCGCCGGCUUCAGGACGACAAGAGAGAGGCCAUCCGUCGAUGGAGAGCGUGGAAGCAGACGGAGCGGGAGCAGCGUGACGGAGACGAGGAGCCGGAGGAGGAGGAAGAGGAGCGGGAUCAGGAGGACGAGGAGGAGCGCCGCAGGGAGCUGUCCGAGCGUCUGGAGGUCUGGAGGAGACACCGAACACAGCAGAGAGAGCGGCAGCAGGAGCAGAGCCUCAGACAGCAGAUCCUGGAGAGCAGGAGAGCUAAAGAGCAGCGCCGCAGACAGCUGGAGCUCAAGCUGCUCGUGGAGGAGCGCCUCCAGCAGAAGAAGGAGCAGGAGGAGCGGCGUCUGCUGGAGCGGGAGGCGCAGGAGCAGGCGGAGAGACAGGAGCGGCAGCGGCAGGCCGUCCUCGGCAUCAGACGCUUCCAGCAGAGAGUGAGAGGAGCUUGUGUGUUUGAGAGCCGCUCUCCGCUCUCCGUCACUCACUCCGUCUCUCUCUCUCUCGUCAGGAUUCACGCCGGCUCGAGGAGAAACUACAGGAGAAGAAGACUAAAGAGCAGGAGCAGAGCGAGAGGCACAGGGCACUCCAGAAGAUCAAGGACAAGGUUCACAUCGACCGGGAUCCGUCUCGACUCUGGAAGCUCACUAAAGCGUGGCAGGAGCGCACUAAAGAGACGGGGCCCUCGGGGACCGGGGCCGUGUCUCAGAUCUUCCACAGAGCUGUUCCAGCGUGGAGACAAGACUCCUGAAAGAUCUACUGCUUCAGACUCAAACUGCAGAGUGAAUGAAGUUUCUCUAGAGGCGCCAUUAAAGUUUUAUUCUAGUGAUGUUCUGUUCAGCACCGAAGAUCCAGAGAUUGAAUCAAAAACAAACUGAAGCGUGUUAAGAUUAGUUUUGCCAAAAACACAAGAUCUUAUUAUCAAUAGAAAUAAUCAGCCCAGAUUAUUUAGUGUUACAGUAGUGAUGCACAGAUCAUGGCUGAUUUAAAUUUAGUUUUUAUUAUUAUUAUUAUUAUUAUUAUUAUUAAUAAAAACUUUUUGUUUUUUGUUGAUUGUAUAAUAAAUAGAAAAGAACACAA